CGGGCGAGCGGCCGGCGGAGCGCUCGCAGUCGCGGGAAGCGCCGGGGCGGUCGGUCGGCGGGCGGGAAGGGAAGGCAGGGCAGACAGGGAAGGGAAGGCGGGCGGGAGGCAGGCGGCGGCGGCGCCGCGCUCGCCCCGCUGCCCUGGAUGACGGGCGGCCGGUUCGACUUCGACGAUGGCGGCACCUACUGCGGCGGCUGGGAAGACGGGAAAGCCCACGGGCACGGCAUCUGCACCGGGCCCAAGGGGCAGGGCGAGUACGCCGGCUCGUGGUCCCACGGCUUCGAGGUGGCGGGCGGCUACACCUGGCCCAGCGGCAACACCUACCUGGGCUACUGGGCGCAGGGCAAGCGCCACGGGCUGGGCGUGGAGACGAAGGGCAGGUGGAUGUACCGCGGAGAGUGGUCCCACGGCUUCAAGGGGCGCUACGGGGUGCGGCAGAGCCUCAGCACGCCGGCCCGCUACGAGGGCACCUGGAGCAACGGGCUGCAGGACGGAUACGGCGUCGAGACCUACGGGGACGGAGGUACAUACCAGGGGCAAUGGACAGGAGGGAUGCGACAUGGAUACGGUGUACGUCAGAGUGUACCCUAUGGCAUGGCAACUGUGAUCCGUUCACCCCUCCGAACGUCUCUAGCUUCACUUCGAAGUGAGCAGAGCAACGGCACUGUUCUGCAUGAUGUCACUUCAGACAGUCCGGCUGGAACAAGAGGAGGUUUUGUGCUCAAUUUUCACAGUGAUCCAGAAGCCAUGGGCAUUAAGAAAAAAGGAGGCUUGUUCAGAAGAGGAUCCCUUCUUGGUAGUAUAAAACUUAGAAAAUCUGAAUCUAGGUCAUCGAUAUCUAGCAAACGGAGCUCUGUCAGGAGUGAUGCUGCUAUGAGCAGAAUUAGUUCUAGUGAUGCCAACUCUACAAUUAGUUUUGGAGACGGUGACUGUGAUUAUUGCCCUAUGGAAGACCAUGUUGAUGCCACCACUACAGAAACCUACAUGGGAGAAUGGAAGAAUGACAAGCGCAGUGGUUUUGGUGUUAGUGAGCGUUCAAAUGGUAUGAAAUAUGAAGGAGAAUGGCUAAAUAACAGGAGGCAUGGAUAUGGAUGUACCAUGUUUCCAGAUGGUACCAAAGAAGAGGGAAAAUAUAAAAAUAACGUUUUGGUCCGUGGAAUAAGAAAGCAACUUAUACCAAUACGAAACACAAAAACUAGAGAAAAGGUGGAUAGAGCAAUAGAGGGUGCACAGCGAGCAGCUGCCAUGGCAAGAACCAAAGUGGAAAUUGCAACUUCAAGAACUGCACAUGCAAGAGCUAAAGCUGAUGCUGCGGAUCAGGCUGCUCAGGCUGCUCGCCAGGAAUGUGAUAUUGCAAGAGCAGUUGCCAGAGAACUUUCACCAAAUUUCUACCAACCAGGCCCUGAUUAUAUCAAACAAAAAUUUCAAGAAGGAAUGGAGGUGAAAGAGAAAUCUGAAGAAAAAGUUCAGGAAAAACCACCUACCCCAAAAGAGUCACCUCACUUUUAUCGAAAAGGUACUACACCCCCUCGAACCCCAGAAGCAAGUCCAAGGCAUAGUCCUCCUCUUUCUUCUGAGCCUUCUCCUUCAAAACAACUGAAAAGGCAAAGCUCCACUUCUGGGGCAAGACUCAGUCAAGAAAAAAAGCUUUUAGCCACUGAGAAUAUAACACCCACAAUUAACAAGCCUUUAUAUUCAAAAGCACCAAUGAAGGAGGAAGUAGCUGUGAAACACCAGCCAAAGUUUUCAGCCCAUCACAAUCCCAUCAGCACAGAGAAUGGGGAGCUGCAUGGUCACUACCAUGGUUAUUAUGUAAAAGUGAAUCCACCAGUGCUUCCACAGGAGCUCAGGGAAGAAGAUGAAUAUGUCAAUCCAUCACCAUCAACACUUGCACGGAUACCACCCUCACAGAAGCCAAGUCCUGCUAGAUCUGGGGGUAAGCCAGAUGCCAAAGAAAACAAACCUGACACAAAAAUUAAGAAACCAGAAUUUGCUGCACCAAAGAACCCAGCUAAUAAUGAGUCACAUUCAGCAGUGGAAAAAGAAGUAGAAAACAGCUCGGUAAGUACUGCAAGAAACAUUUUCACUUUCAUUGCCCUUUUGCCUCCUAGUACUGAGCUUUGCAACCUAUGCCAAAGCUUCAUCUGAAUACAGUCUGCUAGCCAGAACCCACUACACCAGACGGGAGUGAGGAACAAAUAUUCCAGUCCUUUAUCUUAUCCUGGGAAGGGAUAGCUCAUAGCCAGAUACUGACAGAAUUUUGAAACAUGAAUCCCUAUUGCAUCCAUAAAUACAAAAGUGUGUUAGUGUAUGUAUGUAUAUAUAUAUGUGUGUUUUGUGUGUGCGUAGAUAUGUUUUUACAGAUAUACAUGUAUAUAUAUCUUUCCCCCCAAAAACCCCCAGUUUUCCUUGUACUUCAGUGUAUAAUUGGUCAGUAACGGGAGUUACACUCAUUCUCUUCCCCAAAGGUUUUCUUUUGACUACUGUUGGAGACAGGAUGCUGGCCUGCGAUCUGACCCAGCCCAUACAAUUUCCCAUUUUCAUUUUCUUCUUUCUGUUGAUGUUAGGCUCUGAAAACAGGCAAUUUUGCAUCAAAAUACAAAUGUUUUAAAUGCAAACUUCUAACAAUGCUUGUGUUUUACAGUGACAUGAAAAAUUUUACUUUCUGUUUCAUCAGAAAAUGGAGAAGGAAAUUUAAAACUAUACAUUCACAUCACUGUGAAUCUGAGUCUCAUUAUUAUUUAGAAAUAAUAGAAGUAUCAAUACUUAUGCAGAAAAGGAGAGAUGCAGAAAGGAGAGAUAGCUUUUCUAUUCCAUAUUAGAAGAAAAAGCCAGGUUAUUGAAUUCAGAACCUAUGAUGAUGGUAAAAUUAUUUGUGGGCCAAGAAGAACUCAGGAAAAUGUUAGUUGUAGAUCCUAAAGUUAACCUUUAGUGAACAGGAGGUCUAGAUCAUUGUGAUGUUUCUUUUUUAAUGAGCAUUGUUUCUUUGAAUCAUUUUUGGUACUCCAGGAGAAAAAAAAACUGUGUCAUUAUUUAGAUGGCAUAAACAAAAUGACCCAUUUAAUGAGAUCCAGAUAGCCUAGCACUGAUCUCAGGUAAAACAGCUGAAUAAUCGACACUAGACUUCAUUAAUAAAGAAUUCAAAAAUAAAGGGGUGUAAGAAUUUCCAACCAACAUGCAUUGUUAAAGAUCUUGUCAAACAAGCUUGGCAUCUUCAGGUGUGACAGCAGAAUCAUAUCCUCAAUCAAGAAGGUCACUUGAUUUGCUUUUACGCAGUUAUUUAUUCUGACAAGGAAGUCAGAGUAAUGGAAAGGCUAAAUGUCACAUUAAAAUAUUUUUUUAAAAACUGACUGAUGGUUCUCUAAAACUAAUUAGGAAAACAUUGGUAAUUUGGUAUUAUUCUGGUGAGACCAUUCUUGGAUUAAUUCUUCUGCUCUAUUUUAUUAACAUUCUUAUUAAUGACAUGGAAGAGGACAUAAAAGUGUUACCCAUAAAGUUUGCAGAAAACACAGAGACCAGGAAACUGAUAAAUAAUGAAGAUAACAGAUCACCAAUACAAACUGAUCCAAAUCACUUGAUAAGAAAGGUGCAAGAAUAAUUAUCCGUAUGCAGUACAGCAAAAUGUAAGUUCAUAUACACUGAAAGACAGCUAAUAGAGCCUGGCCGUGUAGGAUCAGAACUGGAAAAGGCUGGUGGAUCAGGAGCAAGAGAGGCAACUGAGCAUGAGCUCCCUGUCUGCUGCUGUUGUUCAGAGAUGUUAAUAUAAUCCUUAGAUUUAUCAACAGGAAAGAUUAAGCAAGAGUACAUGGGAGUCUGUUUUAUCUGGUUUUGGCACUGGUGCAACCACUUCUGGAAUAAAAUACAGUGUCCAUAAAUCAGGGAUUUAAAAUAAAAAAAAACCUUAAGGAAAAGUCCCAUGAAGAGCUGCAAGAAUGAUUAAAACAUAUCUUACAAUGAAAGAUUCAAGGCAAAAAAUAUCUGACACAUUAAAUCCCUUUCUGUAAGUAUACUUUAUAAAAUAGUUUCCUAAGCUAACAGGCAAAUGUAUAAGAAGAUCCAGCAGCUGGACAGAUUUAGAUAAAAGUCUUGUUUUAAGUUGCUUUUAAUGAGAUUAAUUAAAUGUAACAUCAGUUUUCAGAUGCCGAGUUUUCGGAGCCGUCACUGAAUAGUUGGAUAAUGAGCAUUUUGCCAAGAUGAUAUCCUCUGGUUCAGCAGGAAGCUUAUAUUCUGUUUCGUGGGGAUCAAAGUAGAUGUUCACAGUGGUUUUGUAAUCUGAAAAUCUGUAUUACAGCUGAUAUCAACCCUUUAACCUUUCAAAUCUCACAGAUAUGACUCCUAUGUAGGGUAACACCAAGCUGUCAGGCUUGUAAAUGUUGAGUGAGCAUGCACAGAAUUUUAGGCUGAGUUGGAUUUUUUUUUUUGGCUCUGGUGAAAAUAAGUGGCUAGAAGUUGCCCUUGUUUUUCCUACAUUCCAUCCAAACCAAUGUAUGCUUUGGAGCUGAGCGAGUCUUCACCUUAAGAAACCAAGUAGGGCACCUAAACAGCACUUUAUUGAUCAGGACUGUGAACCUAUAGCCUGUUAUCAGGAAAGGUGGAAGAGUGAUGAGAUUUUGUACGUUAGCUACUGUUUGUUUACUGAUAUUACAGGUCUUCUGGGAACUAUCCCUCUGCUUCAUUUGGAACACACUAAUUGCAUUAUUCUUAUUAUCAGCAUUUCAAUAAAGAAGGCAGGUACAGUUUAGGAACUCAUUUUUAAUGUAACGGCAUUUUAGCAUAUAUGUCGAUGUAUGUGUUUUUUCCAAAGAUGCCUUCCAUAUUUGUCUAUAAAUUUGCCCUUACAGAAUAAAUUUCCUACAUGCUUAUUUCUUUAAAAUGCUGAAAUGAGUGAAAAUCCUAAGACAAUUAAAUCAGAAAGGAGUAGCCUCCUGGCCUAGCAGGCUGAGGGAGAGACUUAAUACAGAAUGACUGUUAACACUGCCUGGAGACUUUUCUUUUUAAUUUUCAGUAUCACCUUUCUACUUCAGAAAACCAGUAGCCUGUUCAGCGGUGCUCCUGGACUGAGCUGAAUAGUGUGCUGGAGUUACACAGCGCACAGUUACUGAUGAGAGGUCAGAUUAGUGUACUUCUCUUUAUCCCCAGCACUUGUGAAUGUUGAGAGACUUCAGAAUUCUAGGGCUGCAUUGGGGAAUUUUUAUUUUUUUUUUAAAUCAGUAAUUGCAAUUGCUUUAUAGUCAUCCUGACAAAUUAUUUUGUUGUGGUUUGAAAGUAAGUCUGCCUUAGGUCUUCCAUAAAAGUUUAAAAAUAUAUUUGUUAAGAAAUAUAAAGAGAAAAGAAACGUUAAUGAAAAGAGAAUGAGAAAACAUGCUUCUCUGGCAUAGUUUUAUCACGGUGAAAACAUGCAUAAAACAGCAUGACAAAGUCACUGUUCAUCAGCUGCUCCAGAGUAGCUGCCUGUUUGCAGGCAUGUACUCUAGUGAGAGGUAAAACAUGCUUUUUUCCACUAAGCAUUAGGCACCUUCAAAUUAUCUUCUCUUUACCACAGUGUGACGUGUCCACAGAGACACUUGACCACAAACCAGUACUAACUGUUGUUGCUAAUUGCUCCUUAGUAGCCUCUACCCCAGUAUCAGCUUGCAAGCUCCUAUCCCACCUUGAACGUGAGCUAAUUUGAGAUUGUCUUGGACUUGAGUAAAAGGUAGAAUUGAACUCCAAAAAAUACUGUUGUGGUGUAGUUCAUGAAUACACGUUUGAUUUGCCUGACAUGUGUUGCCCUAGCUGACGUACAAGCCCAGGCACAAGUAUUCUACUAUAUCAACAUUAUUUUGUUUUCUUGAUAAGGAUUUUUAAGCCACACAGAGUGUUUAGCCUGGUUUUUACCUGUAUCUAAAAUCAUUACAUUUUCCUGAAUGUUACCCAGUGUGCUUCUACUCUCAUCUCUUUGUUCACUUAUCAUCCGGUUAGGAAGGGAUAUAACUACCAUGAUGUUAGAAAAAAUAGAUCAGUAUUUGCUGGAUCCUAAAAAACCCUCUGAGCAACAACUUUAUGCUAAAUUUAAUGGACAUUCCUAAUGCAGUGGGAUUACAAGCCUAGUCUUAAUGCUUCCUGGCACUAUAUUUUAGGAAAAUAACUGUCUUCCCUCCUCAAAUGAAAGCUAAUCAUAUGUUUAUAUUUUUAACUAAACUACGUAAAUGUCUGACUUACAAGAAGUUGAAAGGGCAGUUUUUAAGCAGGACUGCAAGUUUUUCUGCUACAGCUUCUUUAGUGCACCUGUUCUAGUCACUCUCGGACUCUUCAGACUAAUUUUGGCUUUUGCUAUUUUAAGCCCACGCAGGACACUGAAGUCUUAUUUACGGUAUUUGUCUUAAAGCAUUAAAUGCUCAUUCCAUAGGUGUCUACAAAGCAGGUAGUAGUUUAUUGCAUAAUAACCACAUGCUCCGCAAAUAUUGUUUGAUCAUUUUUAGUAUAUCAGGAAAUUCUGCUUUGGGCUGAAAGAUGUAGUUAUCAGAAGAGGAAACAAAAUGCACAUAGCAGGCCAAAGGAGAUGGGAUUUACUUCUUCGUAUAAAGCAUAGACCCAUUACCAUAAACAGAUAACACAUUUUUCUUUGAUCUUCAAAUAAAAUCAGCAACCCAGUUCUUAAGGUGUCCUGUCUUUGUAGAUGAGAUCUUUUGAUUCACACUGUAGCCCCUAGGAUUGUUAGCCUAAUUUAUGUUAUGUUAUUGUGGUGAGAUUCUUCUAUCUAACCUGACAGAUGCAUCAAUACAGAAUCCCUUCGCCUCCACCAAGCUUAAUUCUGUAAGAAUGUACACUGAUGAUACCGAGUUGCUGUUUGAGCUGCAGUCCCAACUUGCCAUUCAGCCAAAAGCUGUCUUGCAGCUAUCAGGAUGCUUCUUUCAGGAUAUAUUUCAGCUAAUGAAUGAAUUCCAGGCUCCCAUGAAGUCCCCAUAGGUCCUAAUUUUUCUUCAAUAGUAGUAAAUCCACUUGAUUUCCAUGGAUGUUAUUUUCAAAUAUGCAAAGCAUUAGACAGCAAAAUCCCAGUGAAUUUUAAUGGUGUUAGGCAAUGAUCUCCUUUACCGUUCCUUGCAAUUCCUGGUGCAGUAAAACUGUAAAAUAUUUAGGUGGGAUCCCAAACUAUAAAGGAACUAUUGACCUGAUUUUGGUCACAUAAAGUCCCUAACAGAAUCAUAGAAUGGUUUGGGUUGGAAGGGACCUUUAAAGGUCAUCUAGUCCAUCCUGUCUGCCAUGGACAGGGACAUCUUUCACUAGACCAGGUUGCCCAAAGCCCCAUCCAACCUGACUGUGAACCCUUCCAAUGAUGAGGCAUCCACAACUUCUCAGGGCAACCUGUUCCAGUGUCUCACCACCAGAGAGAAAGAUGCUAAAUCCAAAUCUUAGUGGAAAUUCAUAGUGUAAUCACACUUCCUGAUGAGAGAUAUGUAACAUUAGCAUGUAUGUACUAUUCUUGUUUGUCAUGAGAUCCUAGUUUGUUUUUUUGGCAAAUGAGGAAACCAUUAAAUGGAAGGUUCAUUCUAAGAGUGUUGACACUGACAUUCCAAGACAGCAAAACUGAGGGAUUCUCAAAGUAGCUGUUUUUUCAAGUAAAAUGUGUUUUAUUGCUCACAGUCUUCCAAUAUGGCUUUCAUGCAUAAAUCUCAUGAUUACCAACUGCAUUUGGUGGGGACUUGGGUUUCCUUCACAGUAGAAAAGCAUAGAAGUUCCCAAACUAGCACAAUUUUGACCAUGCCAGAAAGAGAAAGAAGAAAUUAACUUUGAGUUGUACACUACUACGGCAAGGCUGCUUACAGUGCUGUGAUCAGAAACGUAACCAUACCUGGAGUCAUGCUUUCCUUUUAUGCCUAUUCUCUGUCAUCAAGUGUCUCGUAUUAUUUGGCACAUAGUGGCUCACUUCCAGUAAGAACAAAGGAAGGAACAUGGUGCCACUUCUGCUCUGUGACCCGAUGGUUAAAACAUACCCCUGGUAAGUGGGAACUUGCUAUUCAAAAUCCCUUUGACUAAGCUGACCUUAAACCUAGUCUUCAGUUUCCUAGUGUAUAUUUUAGACAUUCUGACAUUAAGAAAAAUGUGAAUGUUGCUGCCAAUACUAUUACCCCUGUGGCAACAUUUAAUGAGCAUCCUGAUAGUCUCCAUCAUUGUUUGAACUUGAACACUUAGUUCCUCAGCAUGCGAACAGAUGCCUCUGAGUAGGUGUGAAGGGAACUUCAUGGGCUUUAUGGAUAGAGGUGCUGAUCGGGUUGAGACUCCCCAGAGAUUUAACGAGUACUUGAUAUAACCUAUUUUGUGACUUAUUCAAGAACUUAGCAGUCCACAUCUGGCCUGCCAUCUUAACUGCUGUGUAAGGGUGUGUUCUGGUAGUGUUUAAUGAGACUGUUUCAGGAUGAGAGCAUAUAUAUAUGCAUAUAUAUAUGAGAGCAUAUAUAUAUAUAUGAUAUAAUAAUGACACAAGUACUCUUCAAUAGCUUCCCAGUUACCCUGCUGCAGCAAAUUAAUAAUAGCAAGUUCUUACACCUUAGCAUUCCAGAAAUGAUAUAGCUAAUGUUAGCAUUGUCAUGAAGCAUAAUGAACUUCUACAAGGCAUGCCUCCUGUGGAAAGUGAAAAAAAUUAUGUCAUUCUUAAUGAAAUGUAUACAUUCUUAUGCAAGCCAGUGAUCCUUAUGUAGCUCAGAAGAUAGUUUUCUGCAGAGAUUUUUUGGUGGGCUUUCUUGUGAUUUAGGAAAGUAUUGUCUGAGUGAAGAGUUUUUCCGUUUCUACUUACAGUAAAUAUGCAAUCUUAAUAUAUAAGCAUAAACAAAUCUCUGAAAAUACGUUGUAGUAAACCAAAUAUGUUUGGUUUACUACAGGAAAAUGGAAGAAUCGAGAAUUUCCUUCUAUUCAGGACAUUAUUUCAAAUUGUUCAUCAGAAGGCAUUCAUGUUUAAAAAAAGUUUUCCAAAACGGCUGAAAAGAAUUAAAAACUUUGUUCUCUGGCUUCACAGGAAGACUAAAAUUAUAUAAUGAUCAAGUUUUCUAACCAAGGUUAUCUCUAGCGAGGAAGGGAAGGAGUAUUUUGACUUUUCAUUUCUUCACUAAAUAGGUCUAUAAAUUAAGGAUUUAUGACCACUAAAUGUCAGAGUAAAUCAAAGCAAACUUGUAAUUUUGCAGGUGUAAAAUUGGUUUUAGUCUGUAAUGGAAGCAUUGCUAGGUAUGUUAGUGCAGUGAUAAGUAACUUUUUUUUUCCCUUUGAUUAUCAAAAAAAGGGAAUUCUUUUCAUACAACACAUUGUCAUGCAAAACCCUUUUUCUCUUUUGAAAUGGGUUGGAAUCAGGGAAGGAACCUGCUGUAAGGAUGAGGACCGGUGGUCCAUCUUUCCUAAAGUAAUUCAAGUUCUUUGUUUCGCUUUAUUUUAAGCUGAUACUGGGUUUGUGUUGGUGGGUUUGUUUUCAUUUGUUUAUGCAGUCAUAUUUGUCAGAUGGUUUAAUCUCAGUGUGAUUAAGAGCAGUGUAAUAACAUACUCUCAGCUGUAUUUAUCCAGCUCAUUUCCACACACGGUAUUUAGCUCACCUGAAAAUGACAGGUAAUGGCUGUGUUUCAGGACCAGAGUCUGUGUCUUUAAUAUUUAGGUCAUCGUUCAGAGCAAGGUCAAAACGGAUGGAACUGAUAAAGUCAGGUCACGUUCAUUGCUGUGCACUGUGUGGGAGAUUGCAUUAAUUCUGAUAUCUGUCUUUU